AUGGCCAUGCCGCAUACAACAACCGAAGCAGGCGUGCUUGCUGGAACCGGAAAAGAUUUUGAACGUGGGAAGCAGGCUGAGGACGGCUCGAUUGAGGGUCUGUUGGAAGAAGUGGACCCCAUUGCAGAAGCCAAGUUGGUGAGAAAGCUGGACCUCUACAUCAUUCCAGUUGUUAUGCUUCUGUAUCUCUUUUCCUUCUUGGAUCGAGUUAAUAUUGGCAAUGCCCGGCUCUACGGGCUCGAAGAAGAUCUAGAUCUGGAUUCGACCAAAUGGCAGACAGCAAUUUCUAUCCUCUUCGUGACCUACAUCCUGUCCGAAGUUCCAUCGAAUUUGGUGCUAAAGAAAUUGCGCCCUUCUCGCUGGAUCGCUUUCAUCACUGUCUCGUGGGGUAUCAUCGCUACCCUGACUGGAGUCGUGCAGAGCUAUGCAGGUCUCAUAGUCUGUCGACUCUUCCUCGGUGCCGUAGAAGGAGGCUUAUUUCCAGGUCUGGCCAUCUACCUCACCUUCUUUUACACGAAGCGUGAAUUGGCGCUACGGAUCGGUUAUCUCUUCGUAUCGGCUGCAUUGGCCGGUGCAUGCGGUGGUCUCCUUGCAUUUGCCAUUGGUCAUAUGGAUGGUGUCGCUGGAGAGAGUGGAUGGCGCUGGAUACUGAUCAUUGAAGGCUUGCCAACAUUCGUGCUCGGAAUCGCGACCUGGUGGAUCCUUCCGGAUGAUCCCUCUUCCACGUACUUCCUCAAUGAUCAAGAGAAGAGGCUUGCUAUUGCGCGUCUCAAGCGCCAAACCGGAUAUACUGCCAGCGCACAAGAGUUCCACUGGCAGGACGUGAGGAACGGCGUCAAAGACUGGAAGAUAUGGGCCUUCUCCUUCGCCCAGUUCGGCUGCGACACCAUGCUCUACGGCUUUUCAACUUUCUUGCCUACUAUAAUCAAGGGAAUUCAGCCACACGCUUCAACGGCGCUUGUGCAAGUGUACACCAUCCCGUGUUACGCUUUGGGCGCCAUCACGUAUCUGGCCGUUGCGAAGCUGUCGGACUACCAGCAACGGCGCGGUGUAUACGCUGUCGCUCUGGGUGUAGUAGCCAUUGUUGGGUACGCGAUGCUGAUGUCUGAUUCGAGCGCGGCGGUACAUUACGCAGGAUGCUUUUUAGUUGCGAUGGGCCUCUACGUCAACGUCGGUCUGCCAUUGGCGUGGCUGCCAACGAACAACCCACGCUACGGGAAGAGGACGUUGGCCACGGGUCUGCAAUUGAGCAUAGGUAAUUGCGCGGGUAUCAUGUCUUCCUUCUUGUACCCAGCUAAGGAAGGUCCCCGCUUCAUUCGCGGCCACGCUGUCACGCUUUCAAUGGUCGCGUUUGCAAGCAUCGUGUAUGCAUUCAUGUGGUUCUACUUCUCGCGCGUGAAUGCGCAGAGGGCGAGGGGAGAAGAAGAUCAUAAGAUUCAAGGCAUGUCGGAUGACGAGAUUAAUGAGCUUGGUGAUGAUAGCCCGCGGUUUGUGUACACCAUUUGA